AAAGAAUCUUCGUGCGGUUAGGUUGUAUAUAUAUUGUAUAAUCGGGUUCCGUCAGUGGGUCAAGUUCGCAGCGAAAAAAAGCGAGAUACGAUAAUAAACGAACAAACUGCGAAAUACAUCAAACGAAUGUAUCUGAAAGAUACCGAACAUAGAGCGGGGAAUUUUACAUAGUGUAGUUCAUCAAACUUAGUGUUUACUUCCCAGUGCAAUAUUCAAGGAUAAAUCCUAAAAGAAUCAAAACUACCUGCAAAGGAGCAAGAUACUUUUACCAUCUUGACCCAAGCAAACACAAACAAUAAUAAUAAUAUUAAGGAGAAGUGACCUGACCCAAGGGAAAGGACAAAGAGAAUUUCUACCUGUUGGAAAAUCUCACAACUGAUCUCAGACAAGAUGAAAUAUCUGGCGCAUACACACAAGGAAUCAUUCACGUUGGUGGCCCGAAAACGCUACAUGAAAAAUCUGCUACGCCAGCAUGCCUUUAUGGCCAACACACAGAAACAGCAGCCAGGUGGAAGCGGAGGAAGCGGCACCGGUAGCGUCACCCACAGUCCGGAACGAUUGCGCGGUGCCACCCAGGAUCUCUUCGAGCUGCUCGAGCGUGUGCAGUGCUCGCGACUCGAUGACCAGCGCUGCGUCCUGCCCGCAUACUUUUCUCAGAACCACCAUCGCGGAAGCAACGCUAGUGAGGAGCGGGUACCCCAACCCCAUUCGCCCCACGACAGCCACACCCACCCACACAACGGUGGCGGUCUGCAGCACUCCGGAUCUCGGGCCACACUCCGCCACUCAAUGAACCACUCCAGCAGCUCGACAGUGUCGGGCUCCGCCUGCAGCUCCACCCCCGCCUCCCCGCAGCUCAGCGGCGUGGUGAACUCCGCCGGAGUUCAGAUGCUAUCCAAUGGCCACCACUACCAGUCCCAGUCGUCGGUGAGCUCCAACUCGUCGAUCGUCUCGGCCAUUCCCGCCUCGCAGAGACUCCUGGAGGAGGCGCUGGCCAAACCGGCACCCUAUCCGAUGAUCCUGCUGCCCCUCCACGGUGGCUAUUGGCUGGACGGGACCGAGCACGAGUGCGCCUACGAUGCCAGGGGCAAUCCUGUCCUUCCGCAGACCACCUGGAUGGCCAAAUUCGAGACGGACGACACGGCCAAGUGCUAUCGACGGUUCUACGCGGCCAGGGAGCACUCGAAUCUGGUGGGACAGGACGAGCAGCUGGGACCUGUUCUGAUAUCGAUAAAAACGGAGAAUGUGGCCAACCAGGAGCACAUGCGGAUCCUACUGAGAUUACGCACUGGCACCAUGCACGAACUAAUACCCGUGUCCUGCCUGGGUGCCCAGCCGAGUCCGGCGAAAAUGGUCCGUCUGCUGAACGAACAGAUCCAGGUGGACAACUUCAUGCCUGUCCUGUGCCCCAAGGCCUCGCAGCUCAUCAGUGUCUACGAUGAGCACGUUCUCGUCUCGCACUUCAAGUUCGGAGUGCUCUACCAAAGAUAUGGACAAACCACCGAGGAGGAGCUCUUUGGAAACCAACAAACAUCGCCGGCAUUCGAUGAGUUUUUGGACGUUUUGGGCCAGAGGAUUCGGCUGAAGGAUCACAAGGGCUACAGGGGUGGACUGGACAUACAGAAUGGACACACUGGCGACACGGCCGUUUACGAGGUAUUCAAGGAGCGUGAGAUCAUGUUCCAUGUCUCCACCCUACUGCCCCACACCGAGGGCGAUCCCCAGCAGCUGCAGCGUAAGCGACACAUUGGCAACGACAUCGUGGCCAUUGUGUUCCAGGAGACCAACACUCCGUUUUCCCCGGAUAUGAUUGCCAGUCACUUCCUGCACGCCUUCAUCGUGGUGCAGCCCAUUGAGCCCAACACCCCCCACGCCCGCUACAAGGUCAGUGUGACGGCCCGAGAUGAUGUGCCCUUCUUCGGGCCCACUCUUCCCAAUCCGGCUGUGUUCCGCAAGGGCCAGGAGUUCAAGGAGUUCAUCCUCACCAAGCUGAUCAACGCAGAGAACGCCUGCUACAAGGCGGAUAAGUUCGCCAAGUUGGAGCAGCGCACCCGGACCUCGUUGCUGCAGAACUUGGUAGAGGAGUUGCGGGAGAAGACCCGCGACUUCCUGGGCGCCGAUCUUUCCCAGGCCACAGCCGGCAGUCCCACCCCCGAAACCCCCAAGGCCGAGAGUGGUGGUGGAAAUGCCGGUUCGCGGUUCAUCGACACCGUGAAGAAGGCUCUGAUCAUGAGGGUGCGUUCCCAGAGCGUCGACACGGGCAAUUCCCAUGGACCGGGCCACCAGGACAAGUUCAGUGUGAACACCAAACUGGGAACCCUCAAUUCCAAGAAGGAGGCACAGCCCGAAAUGCAGACACCCAACCUGAAUACCUGCAGCCGCACAGCCUCAAAGUCUUCUUCAAAGUCCAAAUCCUCGAAUGAAUCCACCUCCUCAUCCCCGGACAUCACCUCUCGUCAGGCGAACAACAACAAUAUUAACAACACCAGCUCCAAUGGCGGUCUAUUGUCCCAGAAUGGUACCGGCGUGGGCGUGGCUAACUCCGGCGUGAAUGCCGCCCAAAAUGGAGGCGUGGCCGUGGCCACCAUGUCCGAAACCAGCGAUGACUCCAGCCUGAACAGCGUGGAUCUAGAUCCAAUGAUGGCUCAUCUGGAUGGCGGAGCCACCUACAUCGACAGUGACACCGGACUGGAGAGCAUGAGCUCGGCGGAGGCCACCACCAAGGCGUGCUCUCUGUGCCUGGACGGAGUCCAGUCCACCAUGAUGGGCAGUUCCCCCAGCAACGAGACGAUUGUGAAGAUUGAGAAUCUGCGCCAGGAGGUCACUAGGUUGAAGUGCGACAAACUGGACUUACUCAGGCAGAAUGUGACCUGCCAACGCGACAUCAAGCGUCUUAGGGAGCGGGAACUCUCUCUCCAGGGCGACCUCUCGGCAGCUGGCAGGGAGAUCCUGCGACUUAGGGACCUCCUGAAGGAGUACAUGCCGGACACAGCCGCCGCACCACUCUCCAUAUCACAGAUCUAAGCGUUAAACGCACAACCUUCGAGUAGCCGGAUUAGGAUUGGAUAUGAAAGCGGGUAGAAAGCAGGGAACCAGGAGCAACCACUGUGCCGUGUUUAACACUUUGAAGGGAAAAAUGGAUAUAUAGAGUAGGAGAGCAAGGAUAUGGAGAGUUGGGAUAACCCCCAAUGGAGCCCCAAAACAAAAAAAAAAACUGUAUUAUAUUUAGUUUAUGUAGCUGUAGAGAUGAUGGAGAUCUGAAAGGAUCUGAAAGGACAGCAGGUGGCAGCAGGCAUGCGCGCAUUGAACAAGUUAUUAAAUAUUACGAAUAUUAUGCAAGACAGUUACAAACUAAACUAAACAAACAGCAAAGGAAAACAGAACACACAACUCAAAAAAGUACACCAAAUAUAUAAUAUAAGUCUUUAAGCAUAUUUAACGCAAGAAUAACUAACGCCCGUAAUUCCAGAACCCAUCUAUCCCCCCCACUUUCCACAAAACUUUAACCUUUAAGUAGAAAGCGAUCAAUCACAAAGCAUCACACCAGAUCGAUAUCGAUAUAUAUUAUGAUUAUAUAAUCACCUAAAACACACAGACACAAAUCACACAACAAUUUAAAAAACGUAGCAAAGUUUUGAAGGUUUACAAAACCGUUACUCGUUCGUUAGUCGCACUCGUAAACUGUUACUGUUGUCGUGACUGUUACCGUGACUCUCGCUUCACAAACUUCAUCCCCAUAACUCGAAAAUAACUAAAUUAUUAUCAACAUGAUAUGAUUUUAAAUUUAAAAAUAACAAAAACAAACAAAAAACCAACGCUCUGAAAAAGGAAUUAGAAGAAAAAAAAAGUUUAAAGAAUAUCAAGAUAGAACUCGUAACCUUAAGAUUAAGUUGCUUUAAAUACUAUUACCUAAUUUCUAUGUUAAUUAAUUAUGUCUUAAGUUUAACCAAAUGCAGAAACCACAACAUCGAUGAACUGAUGACUCACGAGAAUAAUUUGCAUGUCGCAUUCAAUGUACAUAUUAUGUAGGAGCGUCGUAUAAUUCUCGAUCCGCAUCCGGAUCUUUCGAAAUUAACUAUGACUAUAUUUUAUUUUCUUAACCAAUAACGAUUAUAUCGAUAACCACGCCACACAAGGCACUAGGAGGAGCGAAGUAAAACCAAGCAAGUAGUAGUUGGGAAAACAAUUCCAAAAAGCAAAAGUUACAAAUCACGCAAGCAAAUUUUUGUCUUUGAAAUCUAUUCGAUAAGUACUGCGAAUAAUUGUUUUUGUUGAGAUGCAUUAUCAUUUUUAUUGUGUAAAGUAUAAAAAACCAACAAAUA